UCUACCCCUUCAAACCACCACCACCCUCUCUCUCUCUCUCUCUCUCUCUCUCUCAUAGACCAAGUCGUCUUCGUGUAUAUCCAACAUGGCUCUCAAGAAACUCAACAAAACUCCUUCGACAGCAUCCCUGAAACAAAUCAUCAAAAGAUCAUUGUCAAGCUUUGGGAGGAAGUAUGAAGAAAAUUAUGGACUUCCUGAGGAUGUACCUGAGGGUCAUUUCGCUGUAUAUGUGGGAGAAAACAGAAGCAGAUAUAUUGUUCCAAUUUCAUGGCUGGGUUACCCUCAGUUUCAGAGUCUAUUACUAAGUGCCGAGGAGGAGUUUGGGUUCUGUCAAGAUAUGGGUCUUGCUAUUCCUUGUGUGGAAGAAUCUUUUCUCUCUCUAACAUCCUUCAUCAGAUCACUGUAAUUGGAAAGUUAAUUCAAACUGGUCAUUUUACAUUCUCAAUUUCUUUCAUAAAU